AUGAAGAUCUUAGCCGCUUUAAAAUCGACGUUCAGGUAUAGGAAAACCAAUGUCAGUAUAUUCCUAAUAACCGGUUAUAUCUCAAUAAUAUGCCUAUACUUAUAUGACCAAUUUUCAUAUAAAUAUAUGUUACCGUCCACUGAUGAUGAAAAUGCGGUUAUUUUACUCGAAACAGCUUGGAAGGACCUUCAAAAUAUCACAUUUUCCUAUCAUCCAUACACUUCGAGAGAUAAUGACAGGGUUCAUGACUACCUGUUACAAAGAGUAGAAGAAAUAGUAAAAGAUACCUCCUUCAGUGAUCUUUAUGAUGAUUCUAAAUUACAGACCUCAAACUUAUUCCGACAGCAGGAUGUUUUUAAUGUAUCUAGUCCAAGAUCUAGGAUUAUUUAUUUUGAAUCAUCAAAUAUUGUAGUCAAAUUACAAGGUAGAAACCCGACUCUUCCAGGAUUGCUAAUUUCAGCACAUUUUGAUUCCGUCCCAACAUCUCAUGGGGCUACGGAUGAUGGAAAGGGCAUUGUGUCAAUGCUGGCUCUAUUAUCCCAUUUCUCCUCAAACCAACCAGAAAGAACUAUUAUAUUCAACUUUAACAAUAAUGAAGAAUUUGGAUUACUUGGUGCAACUGUUUUCUUGAAAAACCCUUGGUCAAAAUUGGUUAAAUAUGUGCUAAAUUUGGAAGGUACAGGUACAGGCGGAAAAAGUGUUCUCUUUAGAACUUCCAAUACUUUAACAGCAAGUUUAUAUAAGAAUUCCGUUAAAAAUCAGCCGUUUGGUAACUCCAUAUUUCAACAGGGUUUCAAUGAAAGGGUUAUCAAAAGUGAGACUGACUACAAAGUUUAUGAGGAAUACGGAUUAAUUGGUUGGGACAUUGCGUUUUAUAAACCAAGAAGUUUGUAUCACACAACCAGAGAUAGCAUCGCUUAUACUUCUAGAGAAGCAUUAUGGCAUAUGUUACACACUUCAUUACAGUUAUCAGAAUACCUCUGUGGUAGCGCUGCGUCUUUUGAAGAUAAUUCAAUGAAGUCUGCAUCUUCUCCAGCAGUUUAUUUCGAUUUUGCUGGCCUCUUCUUCUUUGUUUGUGCUGCAAGCUCAUUGUUCAUUUGGAACUCCACUAUUUUAAUUAUUUUUCCAGCUGCUCUUUGUAUAUUAUACAUCAUUGCAAGUAAGAGACACACCUUAAAACCUUCGAGACUUAUUCAUUGGUGUAAACUUCCCAUUUCUGUUUUUUUUUCUGCAUUACUGGUGAAAUAUACUCAGCAAGUUAUUUUAAUAUCGAACAGAUAUGUCAUGUCAAGAGAAUUUCUCUCCCCCCUUAUUACUUUAUCUACUGAAUUCAUUCUGGCAAAUUUUGUUUUUCUAUCUAUAUUUGAGGCAAUUUCCAAGGUUGAUGAUUUCAAGGAUAUUGUCAUCUCAGAGCUGGCCGUUGUUUCGUGGAUUUCAUUGGCAUUUGCUAAUUAUCAUCUAAAGUUAUCAGGGUAUCUAGCAACAGAUACAUAUCCUGCCACGAUUGCCUAUAUAAGCCUCAUGUCGUGUUUAAUGGUCAAAUAUUUGGUACUCGCCUUCAAACGCAAAUCGUCACCAAAAUAUACUUCCAGAUCUGACACCUCAACGUGCUACAAUACAUCGGCAAGCGCCAAUGUGAGUCAAGAUGAAAAUUAUUAUGAAGAUUUGCCGGAUUCACAAAAUGCCGCUCGAAAUGGUAGCCAUGAAGAAGACGAAAGAGCACCCCUCUUGCAUCAAACUGUAUUAGAACCUUCCUCUGCGGCUGCUUCAAUUACAUCAGCCUCAAGAUACGAUGUCUACAGUUCAACCAAUUACGAAUGGCUCUUACAAUUUAUAAUUUUACUACCAUUCAGUACACUGAUAUUUCAAACCAUUCUUGAAACAUUAUCAGCUAUAAAUCAAUCAAUACAGGAAUCAACCAACUCAUUUGAUUUAGUAUCAAAUACCCUUAACUGGACAUCGAUAUCCUUACUGUCCUUCAUAAUAUUACCAUUUAUUUUAAAGCUAAAUAGAUACUCCGUCACUCUUCUAAUUACCAUAUGGACUAUUGGAUUAGGACGCUCCAUCUUACUGGAUAGCUUUACUUUUCAGUCACCUCUAAAAGUGCGUUUUGUGCAAAACCUGAAUGGACAAGUGGAACUGACUGGCCCAAUAGAGUAUUUGGAAAAACUGAUUUUUGAUUUACCAAGCUUCAAGAAUAAUAUGAGCAAUAAAAUUCAUUGUGAGCCCACAAAUGACGAUGUUACAAUGGGUGUUUGUUCAUAUACAGGGGAAACCCCAAACUUAAUUGAUUACGAAGAUAAUACCAAAGACUUAGAAGUGAUGUCCAUUUCCGUUCUACAUAAUGACAGGGAUAACGAAAAUAGAUCCAAAUAUGCACCAAUUAAUGCAGAAUUGGAGAUCAAAGUUCUAGACAACCGAGCUUGUACGAUGUUUUUCAAUAGCUCUUUCAAGGAUAAAGAUUUUUCUUUGGUGAAAAAAGUUACAAUCUUUCACGAUAAUAACCAGACCAACAAAUCUGAUGAAACAUUUAAAUGGGCGAAAGGCAUAAACGAAUUACAGCUGCACAAAUUGGACUUCACUCAAAAUCAUUAUCGCGUAGGUAUCCAGUGGUUUCCUAAAAUUCUCGCAGAUAUUGAAGAAACGAAUGAAGAUUUGAUGAAUGAGAGUGAUGGUAACGAUCCUUUGGGUGUUAAUAUAAUAUGUUAUUGGGGUGAGUAUGACUCAGAAGUACUCGUGAAUGGCAGGGGUGUGAGGAAAAUCCCUGCAUACGAUGAGCUACUUGCCUACUCGCCACUACAUUUCUCAUUUACAAAUAAGGAAAAAGGAUUAGUAAUUGCGGAGGAAUAUAUAGAAAUAUGA